AUGAAGGCUGAUCAACCGUUUAUCUCAGAUAUCCCCUUGCCAAGUGAAGAUGAUCCCGAUCUGUUUGAUGCAAACUGUGAUCCUGCCAAUCCGAAAACGCUGACAUUUGACGAAGUUCGACUGGCUAGAGAGCGUAUCAAGGAUGGGAUAAUUUAUACUAAUUGUAAGAAAUCUCGUCUGUCUUCUGAAUAUGGCAUGGAGAUUUACUUUAAAGAGGAGUUUUUACAAGUCACUGGAAGUUUCAAAGAAAGAGGCGCUCGUAAUGUUCUACUUCAGUUAACACCUGAUGAGGCUAAACGUGGUGUCAUUGCAUGCAGUGCUGGAAAUCAUGCCCUGGGAUUGGCAUACCAUGGAAAGUUGUUGAAUAUCCCGGUGACUGUGAUUAUGCCUGAGAAUGCCAGUGUCAUGAAACGUGAACGAUGCGCAAGUUUCGGUGGUCGUGUUCUCCUCAAAGGCAAGAAUAUGUUUGAAGCUGUGGAAUCAGAGAACUGUCCAGGUUUCAAUCAAGCAAUGCUUGCCGGGAAACCAGUUUAUACAGAAAAUUUCCCAUCGUGUGCAGAUGGCUUAGCAAUUUCCAUGGUUGGCGUGAAUGCAUUCCAGACGUGUCGUCAUCUCGUGGACAAAGUGAUCACAUUGAACGAGUCGCACAUACAUCGGGCAGUUGUACGCCUGUUGGAAGUGGAGAAGUGUGUUGUCGAGUGUUCCGCGGCGACGUCUUUAGCUGUAAUCAUGGCUGACAUGCUACCGGAAUUAGUCGGCAAAAAAGUUGUCUGCCUUCUGAGCGGUGGGAAUAUUGACACUUCAAUGUUGGGUCGUGUCAUCGAAAGGGGCUUGGCACUUGAAGGUCGUCUGUGUCGUUUCAUCGUUGUUAUAGCCGACCAGCCUGGAUGUAUUGCAGACUUGUGUGCAGUGUUGAAGCAGAUUGGAGUUAGCAUUAAAGAUAUCAGUCAAGAUCGUACAUGGUUGAAGUCGAGUGUAUUUGAAGUUCAAGUGAAGUGUAUCUGUGAAACUCGUGAUUUUGUACAAGCAAAUGAUCUGGAGCGGGCAUUGAAAGCCAAGUAUAAACACGUUGUCUGGGGGGAUGAGUCCAUUUGGUGA